AUGCCAUAUCCUCAGAAGCUCCGCCAAGCGAAAAAAGAUAAACAGUUUACCCGCUUUGCGGAUUAUCUCAAGACACUUGAGAUCAAGAUCCCUUUUGCAGAGGCUCUUGAGCAGAAACCUUCUUAUGCCAAGUUCAUGAAAGACAUCUUAUGUCAUAAGAAGGAUUGGAUAGAGGCAGAAAUAGUCCUCCUCACUAAAGAAUGCAAUGCAGUAAUCCAAAAGAGUUUACCAAAGAAAUUCAAAGAUCCUAGAAGCUUUAUGAUACCCUACACUUUAGGGGAUGUCUGCAUAAAGACAGCCCUAUGUGACCUUGAAGCAAGUAUUAACUUAAUACCUGCAUCAUUAAUAAAGAGGCUCUGUUUAACUCACGAAGUUAAACCUACCCGUAUAUGUCUUCAACUUACUGAUGGUUCUAUUAAGCUACCAUCAAGCGUGAUUGAGGACAUGAUUGUCAGGGUUAGACCCUUUGAUUUCCCCAUAGAUUUUGUGGUGCUGAAAAUGGAUGAGCACAAGAGUGCAACCCUCAUUCUUGGAAGACCUUUCCUAACUACAGGGCAGACCCUCAUUGACAUUCAAAAAGGGGAAGUAACCCUAUGA